GCUUGCCCCGUGUUUUGUCGGAUCCUUCCUCGGCGUGACACAUCAAAAUGGCGGAGCGGGAAGAAGCGGUGAGGGGAUUCGUCGCUGUUACUGAUGUUGAUGAAGAGAGGGCCCGGUUCUUCCUCGAGUCCGCCGGCUGGGACCUGCAGCUUGCUCUUGCUAAUUUCUUUGAAGAUGGAGGAGAAGAUGAUAUUGCCACUCUUCCUCAGCCAGAGUCUGGAUCUGUCACUCGACCCACAGGACCCAGCGAACACAGAGUGACAUCCUUCAGAGAUCUGAUGCAUGAGGAUGAUGAUGACAGUGGUGAUGAGGAAGGCCAGAGGUUUUUUGCCGGUGGCUCAGAACGCAGUGGCCAGCAGAUUGUGGGUCCUCCCAAAAAGAAGAACUCAAAUGAGCUGAUUGAGGACUUGUUUAAAGGGGCUAAGGAGCAUGGUGCAGUUCCUGUUGACAAAGCUGGCAAAGGACUUGGAGAAUCCAGCAAGUCCAAGCCGUUUGGUGGUGGCGGUUAUCGAUUGGGUGCAGCACCAGAAGAGGAGUCGACUUAUGUGGCAGGAGCCAGGAGACAGCCUGGAAGUUCACAAGAUGUGCAUGUGGUGCUGAAGCUCUGGAAGACAGGCUUUAGUCUUGAUGAAGGAGAGCUGAGGACCUACAGUGAUCCUGAGAACGCUCUUUUCCUGGAGUCCAUCCGCAGAGGGGAGAUUCCUCUGGAAUUGAGGCAGCGCUUCAGAGGUGGGCAGGUAAACCUAGACAUGGAGGACCAUCGAGAUGAAGACUUCUCCAAACCCAGACUUGCUUUCAAAGCCUUUACUGGAGAGGGACAGAAACUCGGCAGUGCCACUCCAGAGCUGGUGUCUCUCCAGAGAAGCCCACAGGACCAGGCUGCCAGUGAAGCAGAGGCCAGUGCUUCCAUCAGCGUGGACACCUCUCAACCCAUCACCAGCAUCCAGAUCAGACUGGCUGACGGAGGACGGCUGGUGCAGAAGUUCAACCACACCCACAGGGUGUCUGAUGUGCGUCAGUUUGUGGCUAGCGCUCGACCUGCGUUGGCCGCCACAGAGUUUGUUCUCAUGACCACCUUCCCCAACAAGGAGCUGACGGACGAGAGCCUGACACUGAAGGAAGCAAAUCUGCUGAACGCCGUCAUCGUGCAGCGGCUAAAGUGACAGCGCCAUCCGUCCACCGGCCUGCACUCUGGAGUUGGAGAAAUCUGGACUGAAAGGACUUCUAAUUACAUUAUAUUGUUUUCUUUAGUGAUCUGUUAUUCCUCUGUGACAGUUUUGGGGAUGGUGGAUGUUUCAGGCUAAGAGAAGCGGAAGAUGAAGGGGAAGCAAUCGCACUGUGAUAUAGUUAAAGGGAAAAGAACCGAAGCGAAGAUCUAACAAGUUUAUGCUUUUAGAGUAACUGCUGAAUAUAUAUAUAUAUAUUCAGACUUGAAUAAAGAGCUUUCAGAAGAGUUUUGACAUCCGUUUACCUCGGUUGCUCCUGCUUUACCUCCUCCUGCUCAGUUUUAUUCCUCAUUCUGUGAUUCAUCUCUUCUCACACAAAAAGAAAAGCUUAAAGGAAGAAAUGUUUGUGGUUAAAGGAAGUAGCCUUAUAUUCAUUCCCCAUACGGUGACCUCAAAGAUCAACCUCAGCUGUCUAUGAUCAAUCGUUUUUUUACAAAAGAGUUUUCUUUUAUGAGUUCUGAGGCUAUAUUUUCAUUUAUUUUAUUGUUAUAUUAACUUUGCUUGGUUAUAAAAUAAAAUUAAAUGAUGAGAUGGUUGGCUAAGAGCUGACUUCAGUUUCAAACGCAGCUGCUGGUGAACAUAACAGCGGCUUUCCUGUAUUCUAUGCAGCAACUGAUUAUAUUUCUGGACAUACUGCGUGAUUGUGAGCUGUGGUGAACAUGAUAUUAAACCCCUUGUCUGGCAUUGAA